GUGUCUUCGCUAACACAGCGCUCAUGUGCAUUAGUGAAAACAAGAAGGUUGAUGUGGCUGAACUUUUUAAGAGUAGUAGUAGUGGUGAAAAAGUUUUAAAACGGCCAUAAUGAAAGUCUUAGUUCUGGUUUUAUUGUAUAUCGGGAGCUUUGUUACAGCGAACGAGGACGGCAGACUGCCUAAUAAAUGUGAAGUGUGCAAGUUCCUGACAGUCGAGCUGCAGGAGGCUCUGGGGAAAACCGUUCGGUCCAAAGAAGUUCUGGAAGUCGGAGAAGUGUUGGACACGGGCAGGAGAAGAAGAAAGAUCAAAUACAACACCUCAGAAACGCGCCUGGCUGAGGCGGUGGAUAACAUCUGUGAGCGCAUUCUGCAGUAUAGUGUUCAUGCUGAGCGACCUGGCAGUCUCCGAUACGCCAAGGGUUCCAGUCAGACGAUGAUGACUCUGAAAAAUCUGGUGGACAAAGGAGUGAAAGUGGACUUGGGCUUGCCGUACGAGCUCUGGGAUGAACCGUCCGUGGAGGUGACGGACAUGAAGAAACAGUGUGAGACGAUGCUGGAGCAGUAUGAGGAGGUGGUGGAGGACUGGUACUUCCACCAUCAGGACCAGAGGCUGGAGGACUUCCUGUGUGAGAAGCAUGUCCUGGAGGCGUCAGACAGAAAAUGUUUAAAUGAGGUUUGGAAAGGUGACCUGGGUGUUAAAGGAGGAGCAGGGGAGGAACCAAGUGCAGAAGAAGAAAACACUCAUGAUGCUGGAGAACUUUAAGACAAAAAACAUUGAAGACGAUGCUACACUCUGACUUUUUAAAUGGAUUAAAAACAUGUUUUUGAUUAAAUUCCUGGAUUUUAUUCCAGAUUAAGGAGGAGGAAGUUACCUAGUGACCUAUUGAACUGUUUUAUAUUCCCCAACUGCACUACUGUGACACUUUACAGCAGAUCAAGCCCAUUUUCUGGUAUUCCUAACUCCAUAUAUUAUGUACAGUUUUUUAUGCUGAUUAAAAAGCAUUUUUACAUCGUU